CUGCAUCUAACCCAUCCUCUUUAUCAAGAUGCCCUCAUAACUACGGAUGACUCAGGCUCCCCACUAUCCUUCCCUCUCUGCCAGUGGAAAUUUGCUGCGUAUCAUCACGUCAAGAAGCACCUAAAAAAAUACAGCAGGAUCGAUUUUGUUCAGCCGGACAUUUGCCAAAUUGAACCUGAUAAAGUUGGCGAUAUUGAAGGCAAACACAUUUUAGAAAAUAACAAUCUAAUUCUGACAGGACCGGCUACUCAAACUUCUUACCGUCUCAAUUGCUCGUCAGCGAACUACACCGAUCGCAUCUACGUAAUCGCUAAUGAUUCCUUUAACAUUCGGGAAGAAAACGACACGGUUUUAAUCCAAGCUGGCCAACCUGCUGAACUAUUUUUCCAAUUGUGUGAGGAUAACCGCAACAACGAAAGUUCUCCUCCGCAGAGAAGCUGUUACAGAGAGUAUGCGCCACCUCUGGAUUGUCAUAUCCAACCGCUGAAGUUGAAUACCUCGAGAGAUCAGCUGUCCUGCGUCUUGCGAGACUUGAUAACGGAAUCGGCUGUCACCGUAACAAGCAAGCUUAAUUUUGAGAAUCGUGUGGCCACGAGCCGACUUCCUGCUUGUCUGUUCCAGAUACAUUGUCAGCAGGCCCUCCUUGGCUUGGACAAUCUGUCUUUGCAUUUCCUCACCUCAAAGCGUUCGCUCAACUUUAAGCCUCUUUGCAUGCUACCAAAAGCUGUGGAUUUGGCUGAAGUCAAGGCAGGCCAUCGAGGCUAUCCGACAUGCCAGCUUCGCUAUCAUACGAUUUGUAAGGUUCCAAUAAAUAAGAAAGAUAGAAAUGGUGCCUUCCUCGAGGCGAUUCGGGUUGAUGGAAGUGAAUUGCUAGUUGAAGAUUUGCUCACGCUGAGUCCAUUAAUCGAGAAGUUGUCAGAACAAUUGAACUGCACUUCAGCUAGUACAUCACUACUGUUUCAGCCGGGUCGAGUAUUCAUCUCUGAAUCACAGAGGUAA